UUCAUUCGGCCAAGGGCCGGGUAAAAGCUAGUUUGUUAAGGUAUAGAUAUUUGACAAUGUAGAUUGUUUGUUAAAAAGUUAUAAAUGAGUAAUUUUCUGAGUAAUUUGUAUGACGUUACUAUUUUCCCUAACAUGCAAUAUGUUUCAUUUGUAUGACAACAGUGAGGUUAUUUGGCUUUGUGCUUUAUCACGUGUACAUAGUCGUUAAUGUUAUUGGUCUGACUCGUUUGUUCUGUGACAACCAAGUCGUGUUGCACAUUGCAGCCAAUCCAUGAGCGUCUAAGCACAUUGAGCUUCAAUGUUACUUUGUUCGUUAUCAUGUUGCCUCUGGCUCUAUCUCUCCACAUAAAUUCCCAAUGUCGACCAGGUUGCUGAUAUGUUUACUAAAGGUUGGGGCGGAGAUUGUUUUCAUUAUCUGCUUACCAAGCUGGGCGCUUAUGACCUUCAUGCAUCAGCUUGAAGGGGAGUAUAGAGCACCGUGAUAUGUACUAGAGGGGUUUAUUUGUGAUUUACCCCAUGUAUGGUUAGCCCUAGGUUUCUAGUUGAUAGGGGUAUAAAAGACUUGUAAUUGGCUUCGGCUAAACCUAAUAUAUAAUAACCAAAAUCGCAGAGUAUUCUUCCGCGCACUAAUCUCAUUCAUAUAGAAUGGGAAAAUCACGCAAAUCAUUGAGUCGUGCGUCUCCAUCAUUCUUCAUUUGUUACGAACUUUUCAAAUAUAAUCACAACCACCAAACAUUGUAAUCUUUGAAUGCAACCAUUUAACCAAUACAUCUUUCUAACAAUCGUAAAUACCAAUGAGCUCUAAUUGUUGUAAAUUCAUUGCCCAAAGCAAAGUGUUACACCUUAGGCAAAUCUCAUAUCGAUAAAGCGCAUGAGAGAUUCAUGAUUCAUAAAGAACAUGCAACCUUAACAGAGAAGAUGUGUUUUGUGGUGAAAUGGAAGAGUUCUUGUGAGAACCGCUGAAAUUAAACGUGCUUAUUGUGUAGCGGAGCAAAGAUGAGUGAUCUCCUGGGAAGUCAUCACGAUGCACCCCAAAGCAUAUCAAAUGGGAUUAAGGAAUGUGUCUCAACAGGCAACUUCAGGGUGUUGUUUAAUGGAGUUCCAUCUGAUUCUUUCUCUCCGUCGAGAGGCAUUCGCUAGGGAGAUCCUCUGUCUCCUCUUCUUCUCAUCCUGAUGACAAAUCCACUCUCCUUCCUUAUUGAAAAAUCAAUUAAAGCUAAGCACAUCAAAGGUCUCGGACUGAAUAAUAAGUGUCUGAGAGUCACUCAUUGCCUCUUCGCAGAUGACACUAUUUUUUUUGGUGAGGCUUCUCAGGUGGAAGCUUCUCACCUUGUGAAUGAUUAUGUGGCUCUUACUGGACAAGAGAUCAACAAGGAUAAAUCCUCUACUUUCUUCAGCUUCAAUGUUUCUAACACAGAAAGACAGAGCAUCAAGAAUAUGUUGAAUUUUGAUGAUGAGUUUUGUCAUUCGAAGUAUCUGGGAGUCCCAACCUCGUGGGGAAGAUCUAAAAAAGGAGAUGUUCAAUUUCUUGCUGGAUAAGAAGGAGAGCCAAGGAGAUAAUCGGAAGAGUUUGCUCCUCUCAUCAGUUGGAAAGGAAGUCCUACUCAAAGCAGUUUUCAAGGCUAUCCCAUCUUACCUGAUGACCAUCUUCCUCUUCCCUAGAUCGACGACCAAUAAAAUGGAUAGUAUGUUGAAAAGGUUCUUCUGGUCAGGAUCCACAACAAAGAAAACCAUUUACUGGAGAGUGGGUGACGUCCUCUAUGCCCAAAAGAGGAGGGAGGGCUUGAGUUUCGACCGUUUCACUUCUACAAUUUUGCUUUACUUGAAAAGCAAGUUUGGCGAAUCCUCUAAUCUCCAAAUGCAUUAUGGGUCCGUCUCCUGAAGGGAUUAUACACUGUGACUUUUCAGAGGCUCGUAAAGGGAGUAGAGCUUCAUGGAUUUGGGCAAGCUUUUGUGAUGUCUCAAAGUGGAUGUACCUAGGAAUUGUCAGAGUCAUAGGAAACAAACACUCUAGUAGGAUUUAAUGAUCCUUGGAUUCCAAUGAAAGCUGGAUGCUAUCUCUAGGGCUCUUCUGAUGAUUUCGAGAAUGUUUGCGAUUUGAUUCACCCGAUGAAACAUUCAUGGAUUUUUUCGACACUAGAUGACCUCAUCACUGAUCACCAUUGGUUCUCCGGAAAUGGAGAACUUUUGGGCAUGGCGCUUCAUGACAAAUGGAGAGUUCUUGGUUAGUUUUGCUUUCCACGCUUUUCAUGAUAGUUUUCAUUUUGGAGUUGCUGGAAGCUCUAGGAUUUCCACAGAUGAUAAUGAAAAGUGGAAAUGGCUUUGGAGCCUUUCGUUGCCUCCGAAGCUCAAAUUCUUUAUCUGGAAGUAGGGGUGGAAAUCGGUACGGUAUCGGUAUCCCAAUACCAAAUACCGAAAUCCCGAAUACCGAAUUACACCCUAAAAUCAAUCCCAAUCCCAAUCCCUAAAUAAUUUCGGUAUCCCAAUCGGUACCUCGGUAUCCCUAUCGGUAUUAUCGAAUACAUAAUUAAUUACCUUUGCAAUUAAUAAUUAAAUAUAUAAAUUAGAUUUUAUUGUUUAAUUUAGGACAAAGAGACUAAGCAAAUAGUCUUGAGUUGCCUAGAGCGAACAUCACAAGUUCUUGUAAUUGGUAAUCUUUAAUUUGAAGAAUUUGAGGUUGAGAGCAAUGCAGUCAAAAUCGCGUUUUAAAACUUAAAAACUUACGAUUUUACGCUUUUAGAUCACCAAAACGCUUUUGUUUCUAUAUAAAAACAUAAGUGUAUAAAAUCAGACUAAAUUGCGCUUUAAAGC